CCAUCUUGUCCUUCCUUCCUUCAAUUAUUAAAGGGAGCAGCUCUUCUUUCAUUACACCACAACCGAACUUAACUGCUUUUUUCCUUUCUCCCAUCUGGCUAUUUCAUAACAAAACAAAACAGAACAUGGUGGCUUUAGUUGCUAAAGAACCAACCGUUCCUUUGGUUUCCCGGACUGGACGACAUUUACAGCGUUAUUGUCAGACGGGACUUCGCCAAGUUGUCGGAUGUAUACCAUAUAGAUUAAAGGAAAUCAAGCAACAAACUGAGUUUGAAAUUGACGAGGAAGAUAUAGAAGUUCUUCUUAUCAGUUCACAGAAGGGCAAAGGGAUGCUCUUUCCUAAGGGAGGUUGGGAAACUGAUGAAUCUAAAGAACAAGCUGCUUCAAGAGAAACUGUGGAGGAAGCCGGGGUAACUGGACUGGUAGAGCGAGAAUUGGGCACAUGGAAAUUCAAGAGCAAAUCACAUGACACUUAUUAUGAAGGCAUCAUGUUUUCGUUACUUGUAAAGGAGCAAUUAGAAAUCUGGCCAGAGAAAAAUGUCCGAAAGAGAACUUGGAUGAGUGUGGCAGAAGCCCGAAAAGCUUGUCAAUAUUUGUGGAUGAAGGAGGCAUUGGAUAGAUUAGUAGAGCAACGACAACAGAGAGAUGAGGAAAAACUGGUACAUCAUUCUUUGUAGCUAAUCAAGAAAUCUCUGAAUGUUGUUGAAGAGGAAGAGACUGCAGUUAGGGCCGAUCAACUUUAGCUGGAGUUGUGGGAAAGUUUAGAAAUACUUACAAUCUUGUUUGACUCUCUUGGAAGUGUAAUCCUGGAAUGUGUUAGUGGGUAAGUGGGAAUUGUAUGUCGACAAUGUUUGUUAAUAAAGAAGUGAAGUUUGAUUUGAGAAACCCAACUAUUGUUGUUUGUACGGUGAAACAGAAAAUGAAUGUAUUGUCAUGAACCUUGAGCUCUGCCUCACAGAGAAAGAAAAUUAGCAGUGCUAAUUGAUGUA